CAACCCCGUCAAAUGAGUUAUGAUGCAGGACCUGACUGUAGGCAGCGCGGGCCUGGGUCAGAAACAGUGGGUGCAUUCAUCGCAGUCACCUCUGUCAGACAGCCAGUGAUGUACGUGCCCUGGCAAGGACAACAUUUAUCCUGUAUGCUGACUCUACUCUACUGCAAAUAAGGUGUUCUUCACAAUGUGCGUGGCUUGGUGGUAUGAUGGCAGCAAUUGAAAACUAAGCUCCAUUCCCGAUGAGACAUGUGGAAAUUGCGGCGUAGAAGUCGACAGUUUGGUUGGUGGACUGCGUCUUCGUGUUACGUAAGUCGACCUUCCUCAAACACGUUCUUGGCAUGGAGGUGUUAAGGGUUUUCAAGAUUGCACCCGUGAGUUGGACCCCGGUGGCCAUUCUUCUUCUCUUCGAAGUCAACGAACUGAAAAGCUGGAAGACAUUUUAGCACCUCUUGUGUCCUAUAGAUAAACAGUAGGACAUAAAGCAAGACGUAUUGGUAUCUUAUUAUAACUCGCAACAAAAACCAGUCGAGCUCUUCACGCAAAAACAGUACACGCCUGAAGCAGCCACUCUGAACGCAUGCUUAUGUAUAGCAGAACAGUUGCAGGCGUAACCCAUAGAGACAUGGCGUCAGCAACCGUACGUUACGUAAAAGUUUACUACCGCACGCUUUGAUGUAUCAAAACAAAGUGUGAGAAGGAUGUCUGUAAAUGCUGGAGAGGAUUUGAACACCCGUACGAAGAUACUUGCCACGUAAUGUGAUGUAUGAUGUACCCGAAGAAAAUCUUCGUGCCAACGGCUGUACUUGAUGACUUUCAAACCAAGCUGGGCCCUAUAAAUGUGACAAUGGAGGAUUUGUGGUUGGCUGAGAACUUUUCCACGAUGGCGCCGUCGGAGCAGGGUAGUUCGGCGGUCCCCUCCUCGCCGCUGAAGGCGGGACUCAUGGCGGGGAUGUGCGCACUCAUCAUCUUCGGGAACAUCUUCAACGUCUCCGUCAUUCUCUACAACGAGAACCUGAGAAACGUCACUGGAAGCUUCAUGGUUGCCCUAGCCUGUGCGGAUCUCGGUCUCGGUCUCCUUGUCCUGCCCCUGAGCGUCCGGACGUCGCUUGCCGGCCACUGGGUGUACCCGGAGUCGGUGUGCCAGUAUUGCGGCUUCCUGGGGACAACCUUCAUGGUGGCGUCCGUGCUACUGCUGUUCGACCUGAGCGUGGAUCGCUAUAUCUCCAUCGCAAAACCCAUAGAAUAUAACAACAUUAUGACUGGUAACAAGUGUAAGGUUAUGAUAUUUGCAUCAUGGACUGUAGCUGCUAUCUACAGCGCUGGGCCGCUGUACGGAUGGGGUUCAUACGAGUAUAGCUACAAAAUGUAUGUCUGUGCUGUCGAUAUCUUCUCGGAGGUGGUGUUUGGACUGUUUGCUUUCAUCAUUCUGCUACCACCACUGUUUGUGAUGUGCUACCUGAAUGGCAAGAUUUUCAUGAUUGCUCGCUCACAAGCCGUGCAAAUCCAAAACGCCCAUAUCUUCCCCCAACCCCCAAACUUGUUCCCCGUUAUGUCCUUCAAGGCCGCCAUGACGGUCGGCAUCGUUGUGGUGACAUUUGCUGUGUCAUGGCUGCCUAUGCUUAUUGCCUACAUGUACUCCAAAUUUGCCGGCUAUAAAAUCCCACCCAAUCUCUCCUUUGCGUUUAUGUAUCUUGCGGUGAGUAACAGCUUUUGGAAUUGUGUUAUCUACUCCACUACUAACGUGAGAUUUCGCACCGGGGCAAAGAAACUUGCCGUGAGGAUCAGGCAGUCCAUUUUACAAACAAUGGAACGGUAGCCGUGAAACGGGCGUGAUGUCGUAAAGCUUAUAGCAAGCGCCGUAAAACGAAAGGUGUAUACGUAGAAGUCGUAAUCAUGCUGCCGACUAUGUUCUCAGUGUCAGUGCUUUUCAGUGUGUGAUACGCAGAAUGAAUGUUCAUGAAAAGCUUUACAAGAGAGCUAGGCAGUCAUUUAGGAAAUUGAUUUCACGUCUUCGCUGAUAGUAAAAAAAUAAUUCAUUGUCCAUCAUGCACAGAGAGUGAAAUGUAAUACGUUAGUCCUUUGACAACAAAAGUGACCAAUUGCUGUAAAUCUAAAAAUCGUAAGCAUCCAUUGAAGGUGUAUUUUGUACUCGCUGUUGUCAUCAUUGUCAUAGUCAUUCUAGGUCUAAUAUGUAGUACAGUACUGUAUAUAUACUCCAAUGUAGUAAACCUUUGAAUGGGAAAUGUGA